AUGAUCGAUAACGAGCCAGCAACGGAACUAACACCGAUAUCGAUCGAAUCGAAGGGAAAUAAGGCUAAACAAGCGAUAUUCCUUCUACUGUGGUUAUGGUACACCUUACUGGCUCUCAUCUCAUUCGGAAGUAUCAUGUCAUGGAUAUUCUCGUCGUUACCAUUUGAUCAACGGAAGAAGUUCAUCGCACGACGACUGGAGCUAGCCGAUGUUACCUUUAAACAGCGAAAUUUCAAUGUCGAAUUAGAUGAGUUUGUCCGUGAAUUUGUGAAAAUGGAUGGAGUAUUUGUGCUGCGAAUGAUCACCAUUCACUCGGGUGUUCUAAUCUGUACUGAAGUGGUUGACACGAUGUGGGAUCAGUUCCUCGCUGAGCAAGGCCACAAGGUGAUCACGUCACUGUUGAGCGAUGGCCGUAAGUUUUCACUGAACAAAUCAUUACUAACUGUACUGCGAGAACCUCCUUACCUUACGGGUUUUUGUCGUGAAUUUGUUGAAAAUGUAUUGGCAGUCAUUUGUGCUGCGAUGACGUCUCCCUCACCACUUCACUCGGGUGUUUUUCUAAUCCUGUACUUGACAGUGGUUGACACGAUGUGGGAUCAGUUCCUCGCUGAGCAAGCAGAAAAAGAGGAUUAUAAGGGCGAUCGUGCAGCGUCAGCGGCCGGUGCUCAGUCUCUGGACAUUCCACUUCGACGAAAGACAUCAGUACUGGUGCCGUUGAUGUCACGAGAGGAUCUCACGCAAAUGCAGGACCAUUUACUGCGGCCUCCAAGCCGCAUGUAG